AUGGGCAAGUGUCACCUUACCAAAGGCAAACAAGCUUUGGAGAUCCGCAGCAGUUUGUCUGAGAAAAGGGCGUUAACUGAUCCCAUUCAACAAACCGUAUCUUCUGCGGAGUCUCUGGCACGGAACCUACAGUGGGCCAAAGCUCAUGAGCUUCCAGAAAGUAUGUAUCUUGAAUUCAAAUGUGGUGUUCGGAUUCAGUUGGGGUUUGCAGCAGAGUUUUCCAAUGUCAUGAUAAUCUACACACGAAUAGUGAAGAAGCCACCUGAAAUAGUAGUUUGCAGAGCCUACGUUACAGACUUCGCACUCGACCUGGAUGUGGAUCCUAAAGAGGCCAAUAAAGGAACUCCUGAGGAAACUGGGAGCUAUUUAGUAUCAAGGGACCUUCCCAAACACUGCCUCUACACCAGGCUAAGUUCACUGCAAAAACUAAGGGAACACUUGAUCUUCACUGUUUGCUUGCACUAUGAGUAUCCAGGAAUAGAAGACACAAUGGAUGAAAGGAAGGAAGUUAAUGUUGGGAAGCCCCUUAUUGCUAAAUUAGGCCUUCAUCAUGGAUUCAAAAAUAGUAACUGUCUCCAGACCUGUUGCGCAGCUAAUAAUCUUUUUCAUAAUCAAAUAGAAUCAAGUCCAGUGGCAACUAAAUACUAUGUCCCUAGUCAUUGCCAACCAAAUUCCUGUUCAGGCAUCUGCCAUCCAAACCAUAUUUGCUCAGACAGCAUCAGACAACCAGAGACAUGUUCAUGCAAUGGGACUUCAAGGAUACUAGCUUCAAGACAUGAAGUACAGAAUUACUCACCCACGGUGGAAAAGAGUAACGUACCAGUAGAGACCACUGAUGAUACCGUUGAACUGGAAUUCCUUCUCUCUGAGAACCUCAGAGUCUCUGAACAACAGUAG